AUGAAUCAUACAGCCCCAGUGGAGAUCUGCUAUGACAACAUGCGGUUUCUAAUAACUCACAACCCCACCAGUGCUACGAUGCACAAGUUCACAGAGGAACUUAAGAACUACGGAGUGACAACCCUGGUCAGAGUUUGCGAUGCCACGUAUGAUAAAGCUCUAGUUGAAAACCGUGGCAUCCGCGUUCUAGACCUGCCCUACAACGACGGAGCCCCACCCCCUGAUAACAUAGUGGAUGAUUGGCUGCACCUGUUAAAAAGCAAUUUCCGUGAGGAGCCGGGUUCCUGCGUGGCAGUGCACUGUAUGGCAGGGCUGGGAAGGGCUCCUGUGCUGGUGGCGCUUGCCUUGAUCGAAUGUGGCAUGAAGAACGAAGACGCAGUUCACUUUAUCCGACAGAAACGAAGGGGCGCGUUCAACACCAAGCAGCUGCUUUUCUUGGGACAGUAUCGACCCAAGAUGCGGACCAGGUCUAGGUUGCGCUUCAGGGACUCCACGGUGCACUGCUGCAUUCAGUAG